AUGAUUUUGAACCAGAUCUCGUAUUUGGAUUGCAUAGCUUUCCUCAUCUUUCUCGCUCCUCAAUUGCUCAUCAGGGUGGUGGUGCAGCUACCAUAUCAAUUCGUCAAGGAACGUUUCUUUACAGCAUACGAACAAAAGUCGGCUUUCAAUCAGCACGCCACUCCCUUCCAGGACUUUGUCAUUCGCUGCGUACGCUAUGCUUUUGCUAAGAUCCCAGCCAAUAUCGGCAAAGUCUUUUUCUCCAAAGGUGUUGCAUUGCCCUUUUUCUGGUUUCGCAUGUUGAGACAUGGAUACCGUAAAUCUGCUAUUCCAUGGCGUGAGGUCAAGAAGCCUGGUCUCCAUGGUAUCUGGAUGAUUUGCGAUGAGAAUAAGAAACCAGAUGUUGUGGUUUACUACUGCCAUGGUAAGAUAUCGAAACAUCUUCAAGAUGAAUGGCGCAUGAUAAUGUUAUACANNGGUGGUGGCUUCUCCAUGGGCAGCAGUUUCUUCUACCUCGAAUUCCUCCUCGCAUGGGUCAGCAUCCUGAAAGAGUCCGGCUAUGAGAACCCAGCCCUCUUCGCCCUAGAGUACACCCUCGUCCCCGAAUCCACCUAUCCAACCCAAGUCCACGAGACCCUCCUCGGCUACGAAUACGUCCUUUCCAAAAUCUCGGACUCAUCAAGGAUAGUCGUGAGCGGCGACUCGGCAGGCGCAACACUAAUGCUCAGUUUGCUUCUUUACAUGUCAAAGGAACCCAAACUACGCACUCAACUACCGGGCUUGGGCGUCAUGAUUUCUCCCUGGGCUAUUAUUGUAUCGCCAAAGAACAAAGACACGGCUAGCGAUUAUCUCAAUGCCGAAUCUUUGCAUCUCUAUGGCAGCCAAUACGUUGGCUCUAAAGCCUCUGCGUCUGAUCCUAUGGUUUCGCCUGGAAAAUGCAGAGACAAGGAGUGGUGGAGACGGGCUUCACCCAGCAAAGGCUGGUUGUUCAUCUAUGGUGCCGAAGAAGUAUUCGCACCCGAGACCGUCGGAUUGGUUGACUUUUUGAAAGACGAGGUCAAUACUGAAGUGAGUGUGCACGAAGAAAAAGGUUGGAUCCACGCAUGGCCUGUGGUGAAGCUUUUCCUGUCUGAUGGGCAGAAAGAACGACAGAGCGGUUUGAGGAGCAUGACCAAGGUCGUACGGGAUAGACUGAGAUAA